UUAUAGUAAGGUCAGUGUCAAGUAUCAGCAGGCGUAUUCGCUAACUCAACUAAUAAUCUAAAGUCGUAAUCACUGAAAAAAGUGGGCAAUUCCAAUGUGUCAAAAUUAUUAAUUACGUAAAUCUGACUAUAGAUAAAAUUGGCAACACACAAAUGUCAAUCUCCGCUAUGGCUUCCUCCUAUUCAUAUCCUGAAUUGUUUUUGGCGGGUUUUAUAUUUACACUUCCUUUCAUAUAUGAAAAAAGUAAUGUAUUUCGAUACUAUUUAAAGUUUUUUCUUUACUAUGCUUAUGUUUUGAUUACUUGUACUAUUUUAUUGCCUGUUGUUCUGUUAUAUCCAAGAGACGUUACAAACUUAGUCGUUGCUUCCAAAUUUUGCCGAUAUGCAUCGUAUAUUGUUGGCAUUGAAUGGGAAUUACGGGGUAUGGAAAACUGGGAUAGCGAGCAAUGUUUUAUCGUGAUAUCAAAUCAUCAAAGUUCGCUAGAUAUUUUAGGUAUGUUUGAAAUGUGGCCGCGAAUGAAGAGAUGUACAGUGGUCGCAAAACGACCUUUAAUGUUUGCUGGUGCUUUUGGGUUCGGCGCUUGGCUCUCAGGGCUUGUAUUCAUAGAUCGUCUAAAAACUAACAGAGCAAGGCUAUUAAUGAGAGAAGCUACUGAACGCACCAUACAGGAAAAGGUAAUUUAAUUAAUCAAAAUAUGUAAUAGGAUAUCGAAUAGCAAUAUUUUUAUUUUUCAUAUAUACGCUUCAUAAAACUUACAUAUUAUUCAUUGUAUGUGUUUAUAAAGUAAUAAUGAUUUAUAUCUGCCCCUCUCGGGUAUCAAUAAUUAGAGAUUUUUUUAAGCAUUUUCUAAAGAAAAAUUUACGUAUGUAGAUAUGUAUGAACUUAGAAUAAUUAAUACAAAGUUCAUCGACUAUAAUAAUGAUUUAUAUUUUUAACAGACUUGAAAAUAAAAAAUGAGGAGGUUCUAUGUUCGAAGGCGUUCUUUUUUUAUUUAAGAUAACCGAUUGUUUUGGGAAUUGGUAACCGAUUUUCAAAUUUCCUUUUUUUAUUAGACAGCUUAUGGGCCCGAGGCAGUCUUAUAUUUUUUUUCGGAAUCGGAUCUCAUUUGUUUUUAAAUCAAAAAUUGGUGGUAUAUUCACCGAAUUCUUCACCAAUUUUCAAAGCGUUUUUUUGAUAGCCAGCUUC